AUGGCGGAUGAUUUGGAUGCCGAGCUGCUUGCUCUGGCGGGGGACUCCUCAGACGAAGAGGAGUCCACCCCAAACAGGCAAAAGGCUGCUUCCCCAACUGCUUCAGGUUCCCCUCGCUCCCCAGCCACAUCAUCCACCAUGGGCCACAAAAGCACUGCGAAACCCGUUCGACGAGGCCGGAAGUCGAAGAAGGACGACGAGGAGGAUGGAGAACUGUCCGCGGACGAGUCCCACCAUUCCCUUGACUCUGCCAGCAUGUCCGAAUCCAAUUUAGGGUCUGAUUCUGAAGGCUCAGCUCCUGGCGCUGAUGAGGAUGGCCCCAUUUUCCCAUAUGAUAAGCUUUACCAUUCGGCCAAAGACAAAGAGGAGAUCAUGGCGAUGCCAGAAAUCCAGCGCGAACAGAUCCUUUCUGAGAGAGCACAACAGGUUGAUCGCCACAACCAAGACCUCGCUCUCCGCCGACUCCUGGCAUCGCGUGAACGCGAAGAAGCCCGGAAAGCUAAGAAGAAUAAGCGCAAAGCCAGCACAGCAAACUUGGAGGAUGGCAAUCGCAAGAGCUCACGCCAGAAAACAAUGCUUGGUGGUCGCAAGGUAGGAGAGACAUCGGAUGCGAUCCAGGCCUACAAGCGGCAGCGUGAACAGAAAGGGAAGCGUGAUGAGCUCCGCCGUCGGGAGGCUACUACCAAAGACCAAAAGGCUCGGACAAGGGAAGACAGGGUCUCAGAUGAAGAUGCAGAAGGAGAGAGCGACGUUGAAUGGCCUGACCGUGAGCGCUCUUCGUCGCCUCCAAAAGAUGAUCCACCUGCAGAGCUUCGUGAUCUCCAACGAACUCGUGUGGGCCGGAGCAACUUUGCACAAGUUUGCUUCUAUCCCGGGUUUGAUGACGCUAUCUCGGGUUGCUAUGCUCGAGUCAAUAUUGGCCCGAAUAGGGAGACCGGCCUCAAUGAAUACCGAGUUUGUCUGAUCGUCAAGUUUACUGAAGGACGUCCCUAUGCCAUGGAAGGUGCAAAUGGCCGGUCUUUUCUUACAAACCAGUAUGCAGUACUUGCGCACGGAAAAGCAGAACGCGAGUUCCCCUUCAUUGCCUGCUCGGAUUCCCCAUUUACUGAGGUUGAGUUCAAUCGAUAUCGCCAAACGAUGGCAGUCGAGGAUUGCAAGAUGGCUACUAGGUCUAUGCUCGCUAAUAAAGUGUCUGAUAUCAACCGGUUAUUGAAUCACAAGUUUACAAACGAGGAGUUGAACGAGAAAUUGCGUAAACAAGGUUCGUUGGAUUCAAAGGCACUCUUCUUCAAGCGUGUGGAGAACGAAAAGCAAUUGAAGCUCGCCAAAGCUGCUGGUGACGAUGCCGAAGUGGAGAGACUAGAGGCCGAGCUUUCUAGCCUGUCGGCCCCCAAGCUUGCUUUCAGCAACAAUCAUUCCAAGCCUCGUGCCAACAAGCCCUCGGAGCAUGAGCGCCUUGCGGAACUCAAUCUGCGCAACCAGAGGCUUAACUAUGAGAAUGUGCGUCGCGCGCAACUUGAAGAGCGCAAAGCCAGCCGGAAGGCGGCUGCGGCAGUGGCUCGUGGAGAGGCUACGGCAAACCCUUUCUUGCGUGUCAGGACCCAGGCAAGGACUCAUUAUGAUGUCAACGCUCUUUCCGCAACGUCUUCCCAGGAAGCUUCUGGGAAUGGUACGCCCGCUACUGGGUCUGAAGCAGCCUCUAAAUCGAAUGCUCCGAGCAAACCUAGCACUCCUUCCAGCUCUCAGAAGAGACAAUCUAAAAGCGGCAUUCCGAUGAUUCGUCACCGGAAUAUGGAUGAUGAGAACAUUGCUGCUUUGGAUCUGGAAUUGGAUAUUGAGAUCUAG